AUGCCAGAGAUCCACAUUAAAGGACCAAAGCUAAAGGGUAAAGGCCCAAAGGUAGAGGGUGAACUUGGACCACCUGACGCGGAUGUAGAACCACCGAAAGGCCGGCUACCACCUGCUGAAGCGGAGGUGGAAGUCAGACCGCCCGGCCCGGACGGUACCAUCUCAGGCGAUCUGGACGGACCUGAAGUGAAAGGCAGGACACCAAAGGGACAAUGGGACCUACCGGAAUUCGAUCUGAAAGGUCCAAAGAUAAAGAUGCCAGAAAUGCACAUCAAAGGACCAAAAGUAAAGGGAAAAUUGCCUAAAGGCGAGGCAGAAGGCCCUGAAUUAGAAGGCGACCUGCCAACGGGCGAGGCAGCAGGCCCUGACGUUGAACCACCAUCAGGUGACGUUGACAUCGAAGCCCGAUUGGAACUGAAGGNGAAGGGCCCGAAAUUCAAGGGCAAGAAGCCAAAGGUUUCCGGAGAAGUCGAUGUGGAGGGCCCAGAAUUCGAAGGCGACCUUCCGUCUGGUAAAGUCGAAGGUCCUGACGUAGAUGUUGAUGUUCCCAAGGGAGAGAUCGAAGGCGAACUUCCAUCUGGAAAGAUCAAGGGCAAGGGUGACCGUAAGUCCUGGGGUCUGCCCGACAUUGACAUCAAGGGUCCCAAGGUAAAAUUCCCCUCGCUGUCCCGCAAGAAGGGCAAAGGCAAAAUCGAAGGAGAGAUCGAGGGCGACCUCGAAGGACCUGACGUUGAACCUCCUUCGGGUAAAGUGAUUGAGGGUCCGUCUGGAGACCUAGACAUCAAAGGCAAGAAGCCGAAGGGCGGAUUCGAACUGCCCGACUGGGAACUGAAAGGUCCCAAAGUCAAACUACCAGACUGGGAGCUGAAGGGUCCCAAGGUAAAAGGUAAAAGACCAACCGUAGAAGGUGAAAUCGAUGCCGAAUUGGAAGGCCCAGAAGUGGAAAUACCAGGUGCAGAGGCAGAGGUCGAACUUCCAGAAGGGGAGAUUCAGCCACCAGAAGGUGGCAAGCGGUCGUCAUGGCAGUUGCCAGAAUUCCACCUGAAAGGUCCUAAGGUCAAAAUGCCUGAAAUCGACAUCAAGGGCCCCAAAUUCAAAGGACGAAAACCAAAGGCAGGAGGAGAACUAGAUGUCGAUAUUGAGGGACCGGAGAUCGAAGGCCCCGAAGUCGAGGGAGAGCUACCAUCUGGCAAAAUUGAACUUCCCGAGGGCAAAGUGGAAGGUGAAGUAACACCACCCGGUGUCGAAGGUGACCUGAAGGUCAAAGGCGACCGUAAGUCUUGGGGAUUACCUGAGUUCCAUCUGAAGGGUCCGAAAAUCAAGAUGCCCAAAUUCAAAGGCAAGAAACCCAAGGUAGAAGGCGAACUAGAAGGUCCUGAAAUCGAGGGCGAACUACCAUCUGGUAAGAUCGAAGGGCCUGAAGUGGAACCACCAUCCGGCGAAGUUGACAUCGACGGCAAGAAGCCAAAGGGCGGUUUCGAGUUGCCCGACUGGGAACUGAAAGGUCCGAUCAAGUUGCCUGACUGGGACUUGAAGGCUCCAAAGUUUAAGGGCAAGGGACCGAAAGUUGAAGGUGAGCUGGAGGCAGACUUCGAAGGUCCUGAAAUCGAAGGAGAGAUUCCACGGGGCAAAGUGGACAUCGAAGGCCCCGAGGUGGAAGUGCCUUCAGGUAAAGUUGACAUCGAUGUAGAAGGUCCCGAGGGCGAGCUCGACAUCGACGGCAAGAAGCCCAAGGGAGGUUUCAAACUGCCUGAUUGGGAGCUAAAGGGACCCAAGGUCAAGCUACCUGACUGGGAGCUAAAGAAACCGACGGUCGAGGGAGAAAUUGACCUGGAAGGUCCCGAGGGAGAACUGCCGCCCGCCGAGGGUGAGGUUGAGAUCAGACCACCUGGCGUUGAAGGUCCGGACGGGAAAAUAUCUGGUGAAAUUGAAGGUCCCGAAGGCAAAGUCAAAGGACCGUCCUGGGAACUUCCGGACUGGGAACUGAAAGGACCGAAAAUCAAGAUGCCCGAAAUCCAUCUGAAGGGCCCGAAAUUCAAGGGCAAGAAGCCAAAGGUUUCCGGAGAAGUCGAUGUGGAUGGCCCAGAAUUCGAAGGCGACCUUCCGUCUGGUAAAGUCGAAGGUCCUGACGUAGAUGUUGAUGUUCCCAAGGGAGAGAUCGAAGGCGAACUUCCAUCUGGAAAGAUCAAGGGCAAGGGUGACCGUAAGUCCUGGGGUCUGCCCGACAUUGACAUCAAGGGUCCCAAGGUAAAAUUCCCCUCGCUGUCCCGCAAGAAGGGCAAAGGCAAAAUCGAAGGAGAGAUCGAGGGCGACCUCGAAGGACCUGACGUUGAACCUCCUUCGGGUAAAGUGGAAAUUGAGGGUCCGUCUGGAGACCUAGACAUCAAAGGCAAGAAGCCGAAGGGUGGAUUCAAACUGCCCGACUGGGAACUGAAAGGUCCAAUCAAACUACCAGACUGGGAGCUGAAGGGUCCCAAGGUAAAAGGUAAAAGACCAACCGUAGAAGGUGAAAUCGAUGCCGAAUUGGAAGGCCCAGAAGUGGAAAUACCAGGUGCAGAGGCAGAGGUCGAACUUCCAGAAGGGGAGAUUCAGCCACCAGAAGGUGGCAAGCGGUCGUCAUGGCAGUUGCCAGAAUUCCACCUGAAAGGUCCUAAGGUCAAAAUGCCUGAAAUCGACAUCAAGGGCCCCAAAUUCAAAGGACGAAAACCAAAGGCAGGAGGAGAACUAGAUGUCGAUAUUGAGGGACCGGAGAUCGAAGGCCCCGAAGUCGAGGGAGAGCUACCAUCUGGCAAAAUCGAACUUCCCGAGGGCAAAGUGGAAGGUGAAGUAACACCACCCGGUGUCGAAGGUGACCUGAAGGUCAAAGGCGACCGUAAGUCUUGGGAAUUACCUGAGUUCCAUCUGAAGGGUCCGAAAAUCAAGAUGCCCAAAUUCAAAGGCAAGAAACCCAAGGUAGAAGGCGAACUAGAAGGUCCUGAAAUCGAGGGCGAACUACCAUCUGGUAAGAUCGAAGGGCCUGAAGUGGAACCACCAUCCGGCGAAGUUGACAUCGACGGCAAGAAGCCAAAGGGCGGUUUCGAGUUGCCCGACUGGGAACUGAAAGGUCCGAAAAUCAAGUUGCCUGACUGGGACUUGAAGGCUCCAAAGUUUAAGGGCAAGGGACCGAAAGUUGAAGGUGAGCUGGAGGCAGACUUCGAAGGUCCUGAAAUCGAAGGAGAGAUUCCACGGGGCAAAGUGGACAUCGAAGGCCCCGAGGUGGAAGUGCCUUCAGGUAAAGUUGACAUCGAUGUAGAAGGUCCCGAGGGCGAGCUCGACAUCGACGGCAAGAAGCCCAAGGGAGGUUUCAAACUUCCUGACUGGGAGUUAAAGGGACCCAAAUUGUCUUUACCUGAUUGGGACUUAACUGGAAAGAAGCCCAAAGUUGAGGGACAGGUAGAGGUUGAAGGAGAGUUACCUCACGGAGACAUUCCAUCUGCUGAAAUAGAAGUCCAAGGACCAGAAGUUACACCUGGCGAUGUGAAAGUUCAGGUGGAAGGUGACUUACCUGAGGCAGAUUUAAAGGGCACAGGUGAUCGAAAGUCAUGGCAACUUCCAGAGUUCGACUUUAAGGGUCCGAAAGUAAAAUUCCCAUCGCUACCUCGCAAGAAGGGGAAAGUUAAAGCUAAGGCUGACCUCCCAUCAGGUGAAGCAGAUAUCUCAGGGCCUGAUGUGCCGUCCGGAGAACUAGAGGUCAAAGGUGAUCUUCCUGAAGCCGACAUCAAAGGUAAAGGAGACCGCAGGUCCUGGCAGCUCCCGGAUGUUGAGCUGAAAGGCCCUAAGAUAAAGUUUCCCUCCCUGCCGAGGAAGAAAGGAAAGAUUGAAGGCGAGGCGGAAGUUGAAAUCCCGUCAGGUGAGGUCCCGACAGUGAAGCCCGUCCUGCCGCCACCGGAAGCGGAAGUGAAGCUUCCAACCGGAGGAGCGGAUAUAUCUGAUAAGGAGAAGAGAUCGUCAUGGAGGGUUCCCGAGUUCGACCUGGGAAGCCCGCACAUCGAAAUGACAGAAUAUCACGUAAAAGUACCGAAAAUCACAUGGAAAUCGCCUAAAGCUGCAGGUCACAUUGAUGUCGAAGGUCAGGUACCCAAAGGUGACGUCUCCUUCGAAGGACCAAAGGUCGAAGGUGACAUCAGACCGCCUGAGGUCGGAGGUGACGUCAAGGUUACUGGACCGGAUGCAGACCUUAGAGGAAAGGGGAAAGGCCCCUCUUUCGGCUUUGAACUUCCUGAAUUCGAACUUAAAGGUCCCCAAAUCGAAAUGCCAAAACUUGAUAUCGCAAGACCAAGGGUAGAAGGUAAAGCAGAUGUCGACCUGGAAGGCCCCACAGUAGACGUGGAGCUGCCGACCGUCCCCUCGGCUGAAGCGGACGUUUCUGUAGAAGGCGAGGCGGAGGUUAAACCUCUCGACAUCCAGCUUCCCAAGUUCCUGUUACAAAGUGACGAAGUCCCUUCAGCUGACGUACCAUCAGGAAAGGUCGAGGUCAAGGGCGAGGUGGACCAGCCCGAGGGUGAGUGGAGUCUGCCUGGACUUGACUUCAAGGGCCCCGGCAUCACCAUGCCGGACAUUGAACUAAAAGGACCUAAACUGGGAUUCGGAGAGGCCGGUGUUCAGGGCGAGGUGAAAGGGCCUUCAGUGGAAGGCAAAGCUGCAGACAUCCAAGUAGAAGCCCCUUCCGUAGAUGUAGACAUUCCAAAGGUGCAAGCGGAGCUGGAAGAAAUAGAAGCAAAAGUGAGACAAAUCAAAGCUGACGCAGGUCAAGUAGAACUAGAAGGCCCCAAGGUAGAAGUAGGAGGAGACAAGAAGAGAAGAAGUUUAGAACUUAAGAUGCCAUCUGUAAAAAUGCCAAGCUUUAAGGUUAAGGGCAAAGGAAAGACUCCCAAAGCUGCCGUGGAGGUCGAGCCACCUGAUGUAGAACUCAAGGGUGGGGCCGAAGCGGAGUUGCCAGCUGAGGAGAAAAGAGCGUCGCUAAAACGCCGUAGCUUAGAGAUCAAGAUGCCGUCCGUCAAGAUGCCUUCCUUCAAGGCGAAGGCAGCGGCACCAGAAGCCUCCGUGGACAUCACGCCACCAGAGGCAGAAGUCGAUUCCAAAGUAGAAGUACCAAAAGAAGACAAGAGAUCGUCCCUAAAGAGACUUAGUUUAGAGAUUAAGAUGCCCUCUAUUUCGAUGCCCAAAUUUUCAGCCAAGGGCAAAACAGAAGUUGAAGUGCAACCACCUGAACUUGACGUGAGCGGACCGGAAGUGGAGAUACAACCUCCAAGUGUAGAAGGUGAACUUGAGGCGGAGGCUGCCCCACCGCCACUGCCCGAGAAAAAGAAGAAGAAGAAAAAGAAGCAGAAGCAAAAGAAGCCACCACUUCCGGCCAAGGAGAAAGAGAAGGAGAAGCGAAAGUCUUUGGACGAUCGCUUCCGGUCCAUGUGGGGAAAAAUGACAGGUGGGGGCACGGCAGAAGUGGAGUUACCAACAGUGGAGAUGCCGACCUUCGCCAUGGACUUCGGAGCGGGCGCGCCCAUGCCUGAGGGGGAACUGACUCCCGAGGCAGAGGAAAAGAAACUGGAGCCGCCGUCCCUGGAGGAAGUCCGGAGGAUCGACAUCCCCAAACUCACGCCGAGGUCCGAGCGGAAACUGGAGGCUGGCGUUCAGCUGAGAGAGCCUAAGGUGGAGCCGUCCUCCAGCCGUGACAGCGCGAGUUCCGUGGAGGAGCUGCGGCGGGAGGACCUGCCCCAGCCCAUCGCCGUGGUGGAGAGCGUCAUCACCAUCGAGCUCACGGAGGACGACAUCGCCAAGGGAGAGGACCAGGUGCGAGAGAAGAUCGCCGCGUCCAUCCAGGAUGCGCAGAUGAAGGCGAUGCGGGAGCUGCUGCCCCACGCCGAGGCGCACGCCAAGGUCCAGAAACCCGCCGCGGUCGUCGAGCUGGGAGACCAAGUCCAGGUGUCCAAGCUAACCCCGGGUGAGAAGAAGGUGAAGAUCAAGUCCAAGCUUCCAUCAUUUAAGUCCAAGAUUCCUCUCCUAAGAUCAUCUAAGAAAGCUAAGGCGGCUGGAGCGGAGGCUGCGGCCGAAGCCGCUGCCCCUAAAGCGGAGGUGAAGCGAGAGUUGUUCCCGGGGGAGGAGGAGGAGAGCUGGGCGCCCGUGUACGGUCAGCAGUUCCACUUCGAGACGCAGGAGACCAUCACUAUAGAGGGCGACGCCGAGUUCUCCACAACAUCACCCGCCAAGAAGGAGAUCAAGAAACGGCACUCCUGGAAACUCAAGUCUAGUAAGAAGAAGGAAGGCGAUACCGAGGAGGGGGCCGAACCUGUCACCUGGUCGGAGGCCAUGGGGCGGGCUGAGUACGCCGAACUUUUAGAUGUAUUCCCGAGAAGUGUGGUGGUCGAGAUCGAGCCAGAAUCCGCCACACAAGAAGCUGCAGUGGAAGCAGAGUCGGCAGAGGGCGCUGCUGCGGAGCAGGUUGAGGUUAAGAAAAGGUCUAAAAUAUUCUCCCUGACGAGCAAGAAAAGCCGAAAGACGGAGCAGAGGAAGUCGUUAGAGGAAGUGGAGUCGUCACACAGACCAUUCCGAGAGCUGGAGGAAGGCCGCGCGCUACAGAUGACGUUCGGCCCUCCGCCCACGACAGAAGCGAAGGAAGAGAAGAAGAAGAAAAAGAAGAAGGGAAAAGACGAGAAAGAGCUGGAAGAAACCGGCGAGGUACCGCUCCAGGCAGAAGCAGCAGCAGCAGAAGAACAGUUCCUGGUCACGCGCAGUGCGCCCUCAUCGCCACUGAUCGACCGGCAAGCCGACCUUCGGGAAGCCAAGGCGGAAGGACAGCUCUCCUUCACGCCUCCCCGCGGCAAGAGACCGACCUCCGAGGAGAGGCCGCCCAGGAACCUGGGCCUGAAGCCGCUCAAGCCCGCCCGCAGGUCUCGAUCCCUGCCCCCUACCACACAGAGAUCGGCACCAGGCAGGGGAAGGGGUCGCGGCCGAGGCGGAGUGCGGCCAGGCCCGAGGCAGGCUCGGCCUAGAGGGCGCGGCAGGGGGAUGCCCAGGCCCGGCCCGGGACAACCUCUACAGCAACAACAACAACAACAGCAGAGACCGCCGCAACAGCAACCCCCGCAGGGCGGACCCUUACACUACUUGUAGUAUAUGCUGGACAAGGUCAAGUGCACCGGAUGUUCCAGCCGGAAGUACGUCAGCAGAGAACAGAGCACCGACCAUCUUCCGGACAAACCCGCUUAGCGGGAACUCACGAACCGUACAACUAAGAACUAGGAAAUGGUUAAUAUAUAUUACAGGUAGUAAAUCUUACGAGAUGAUUCUGAACUAGACAAUUUCUGAUUCAAACGGGACAGAGGACUUAGUCUCCUUGCGGUUUCAAUUGGUACUGCAGGAAUCCAGAUGGCAAUGGCAUCUUAAUUUACGGGCCUCCAAGCACGUGCAAUUCACGUGAUGUUACUGAACAUUUCAUUGUAAAAUACCGUAAACACGUAAAUAUAUAUCGACGUGUGGUUCUUGAACUUUUAAUGUAAACAUGGGUAAGAUACCUCUAUUGUCUCUUCUAUUGUAACUCUUACUAAAUUAAGGCUAUGUUUCAGUUUUUACUUUAGACGAGUUCACUUUUAACGUGCACAACUUGAUUUGUUGUAAAUACUAUUAUUGCUACCUGGCUUCUAUUUCUUCCCGACACUGAACAUUGGUGCCUUCCUUCACUGGUAUGUUUUCUCUCCCCUCCAAGCUGUUCUGAACGGACUGAAUAUGAUUCAUUUUAUCUUGUAUGCACCACUGUACAGGAUUGAUUGGCCUUCCGUAUUAAGAAAGGCGGAGUUUCUGAUGUACACAUGUAUAUGAGUUCAGUAGCAAUCCUGAAUAUGAACGGCUUAUGGAAAGUACGUACUUUAUUACACGUAGAGGCUUCGACUGAGAAGUUUUGAUUCCGCUUGUGCCUUUGUGUAGAAGGUGGGAGUGAAGCGCCACGAAUUUCGCCCGAACGCCGCUGUAAUCUCAGGUUCUUUACGUUCUCACAACUAGGAAGUCUCAAAAAUCAGCACAUCACGAUUGUGACUGAUUCUGAAAUAGGAAAGAAAGUAUCUGCAGUACUGCAGGAUUUCGAAAAUUGGAAUAACUCGAGGCAGCAAAGAAUUAAUAAUGCUUCAGCCAAAAAAAUCGCACUGGUAGUGAAGUCGACACGGUGUACAUUUUGCCUAGCGGACUGAUACCCACCGCUCUAGACGAAGAAAACUAGGAAAACCCGUCACAAAAAGUCAAGCAAAGACCUAAACAACAAACUGGCUGUCUGCCUGCAUAUGUUGAGAGCUUGUUGAUGUAUACUACGGUGUACGGCAAGCGGCGACAGUGGUGUGUGAUGUAAGAUAAGAUGGAAUUAAGCGCAAGUAGAGAAGUUACGCGACAAAUGUGUUAUCUGUAUGAUAGUUAAGAGUGACUAAGUAGUAGUCUUGGGUUGUCUUUCAGCGCCGACGCUGCGAACUGAGGUUUUCUAGAGAGAGCUUUACUUUUAUUUUUGCAUGAAUGC